CGUUUUCCAUCGCCUCCAUCAUAUUUUCUCGUCGAAUUUCGUCCCUGUCCUUGAUAUUUGUUGCUCCUUCUCAAAGACGUGUUCAACGUGUUUUAAACACAACACGUUGUAGCUAAAAACGUUUAUAAUGUCUGCAGAUAUUAAAGUUGAACCUACAGAAGAAGAAGAAAUAAACGCAUCCAUUAGUGAUACCGUUUUUCUUACCAAUGAUGUCUCUGCAAAUAUAAAACAGGAGUCUAAUGAGCCCAUGGUUAGUGUGGAUUAUUUCAACAAUAUCUCUUACUUGGAAGAUAAUACCGAAUUGCAGCAGGAAGACAAACUUGUUGGAGAUAUUUCGUACAAGGAUUCUGGCGAUUUUACACCUGAUAUUCUACCACAAAAAUCGAAAGGCUUCAAAUGUGCCCAUUGCUAUUAUGCAACCAAUACUAAAUGUAAUUUACAAGUCCAUCUGUUAACUCAUAAAACGUGGAAGAUUUUCAGCUGUGUAGUGUGCGAUUUCACAAGUAACACUAAAAGUCAAUUUGAUGUACAUUCGUUAACACAUAAGAUUUCAAGUGGUUUAAAAUGUAGCAAGUGUGAUUAUAGAACCAAUCAUAAAGGCAGUUUCAAAAAUCAUCUGUUAACACAUGAGUCUUCCAAAGAUUUUAAAUGUAGUAAGUGUGAUUAUGCAACUAAUAAUAAAUACCGUUUGAAAACUCAUCAGUUGAAGUACAAGUGUUCUAAAGAUUUAAAAUGUAGCCAUUGUGAUUAUGCGACUAAUAUUAAAGGUCAUUUGAAAGUGCAUCAGUUAACACACAACCGUUCUAAGGAUUUAAAAUGUAGUCAGUGUGAUUACGCAACUAAUAUUAAAGGUAAUUUGAAAUUGCAUCAGUUAAGACAUAAAGGUUCUAAGGAUUUAAAAUGUAGCGAGUGUGAUUACGCAACCAAUAUUAAAGGCAAUUUGAGGGCUCAUCUGUUAACACACAGUUCGAAAGAUUUAAAAUGUUUUCAGUGCAAUUAUGCAACCAACAAUAAAUUUUAUUUAAAAAAACAUCAACUAACACUAAACUGUGCAAAAAAUAAUGCUUUCCAUUUGAGUGCGUGAAGCUCUGGUGCAGUUCGUUCGAAGCAGCUCGUGGAUUUGUUUCAAAAAAUAAAUGCGCGCGAUCGUGAUGUUUGUAAAGAACACCAUAUGGUUUGGUAUAGUGGGAAUAUUGAGAUGAUGUUUGCUUACUCUCUUACAUUGGAUCGAACAUAAAAGAUACAUUUUAAAUGCAGUUCUAAGUUUAAGAGUAUAGAUGUUGAUACUGAUACCAACUAACGAAUACGUUCUACAUUUUUAAGCAACAUCUGUUUUGUAGGGGAUAAUGUGGGAAACUGUGUGAGGUUGUUUAGCAACUGAAAGUAACAACGAGAAAUUAAUUUUAUUUCUGAAUUGUCGAGUUUACCAUAUUCUCCCUAAUAAAAUUGUUAUUUAGUUGGGUAAAAUAUAAUAACCUCCAGUACUUGAUUAAGGUAGCCCACCGACAGUUCAAAUCUGCUCAGGAAAACUGUAUGUAUAAAAUCUUACUUCAAAUUCCUUUAUGAGUUUAUGCAUUAAUAAACGUUAAAAAAAUCAA